UGUAUACACUUUCUUAAUCUUUUUUUUAGCAAUCAUUUAGAACAAAGCAAAAUUAGUUAGUGAUACAACAAAAUUAUUAAAAAAUAACGAAAUAGACCAUCAUGCAACCAACAAGGCGAGCUCGAGCCAAAAAUGUGACCAAGAAAAGGAUAACUGGCGCUAAAGUGCCCAAAACUGAUCCGCGACAGCAGUUUUACCUAAAGACCCGUUUCCAGGCAACUCGUCCUUGUCCAAAACAACAAUCUACUGUGCCGCGGAGCCAGCGGAUCUGGCGCAGGACAGUGGUGCAGACCAAGCCGAAGAUAAGAACCAGGAUCCCCAAGCUAUUUCGCAUGGAUCGCCAUACAGGACUUCCCGUGGACUACGAGAGGACUGUCAACCAGGUUAUGCACUACGUGAAUCCCCAUUUGCACCAUCCACCCAGUGCGGAAAAGGUUUUGGAGCAUUUGCUGACCAAAAUGCUGACUGAGGUCGUGCGACAGGGUGGUCACUGUUGGCAGGACACCACUCAACUGUGCUCCUUGCUGAAGAACAGGUGCCAGUGCCGCAGGUCGAGUCAGUUGCUCACCAAGGAAGAGAAGGAGAGGCGCGAAGCGAACGAGAGUUUGAGCCAAUUCCAUAGUGCUUGCAAACGGGGACCCUGUCGCGUACCCAGACCCAAACUUGGUCCCACGUACAUGAGUAAGUUUAACUUUAACCAGCUGAGAAUCAAGAGCUCUUAAAAUAAGUUGGAAAACGCCACGUCAUUAAUAUGAAAAGCUGGACUGUAAAAGCUGUACGAGGUUCAAUUGAUUCAGGUGUAAAAUUCGAAUAAAUAUUUAUGUCUUUUUUAAA